UCUCUCUUACUAUUACUUACCUCUCCUUUGCUCUCUACGCUGUUCAUAAGCAUUCUCUUUCUGUGGACGAAACUGAACCUGAGAGAACCAAAACAAAAAAAGAGCCAGAGCCAAACCCAGAACCGAGUGAUAGAGAUUGAGAUUGAGAGAGAGCAAUUUAGUAGAAAGAACGAUUCGAUUCAUAUCAAAGAAAUGGCUCUAAAGCUUAACCCUUUGGUGGCAUCUCAGCCUUACAAAUUCCCUUCCUCGACUCGUCCGCCUAUCGCUUCUUUCAGAUCUCCUAAGUUCCUCUGCCUCGCUUCGUCUUCUCCGGCUCUCAGCUCCGGCGCCAAGGAGGUUGAGAGUUUGAAGAAGCCAUUUACGCCACCUAAGGAAGUGCAUGUUCAAGUCUUGCACUCCAUGCCACCUCAAAAGAUCGAGAUCUUCAAAUCUAUGGAAAACUGGGCCGAGGAGAACCUUCUGAUUCAUCUCAAGGAUGUGGAGAAGUCUUGGCAACCCCAGGAUUUCUUGCCUGAUCCUGCAUCGGAUGGGUUUGAAGAUCAGGUAAGAGAGUUAAGAGAGAGGGCUAGAGAGCUCCCUGAUGAUUACUUUGUUGUUUUGGUCGGGGACAUGAUCACAGAAGAAGCACUUCCCACCUACCAAACUAUGUUGAACACUUUGGACGGAGUUAGGGAUGAAACAGGUGCUAGUCCUACUUCAUGGGCUAUCUGGACAAGAGCUUGGACAGCAGAGGAAAACCGACAUGGUGAUCUUCUGAACAAAUACCUUUACUUGUCUGGUCGUGUUGACAUGAGGCAGAUCGAAAAGACCAUUCAGUACUUGAUUGGAUCCGGAAUGGAUCCGCGGACAGAGAAUAAUCCCUACCUUGGCUUCAUCUAUACUUCAUUCCAAGAAAGAGCGACCUUCAUCUCUCACGGAAACACAGCCCGCCAAGCCAAAGAGCAUGGGGACUUCAAACUAGCACAAAUAUGUGGCACAAUAGCUGCAGACGAGAAGCGUCAUGAAACUGCAUACACCAAGAUAGUUGAGAAGCUCCUUGAGAUUGAUCCUGAUGGUACAGUCAUGGCUUUUGCAGACAUGAUGAGAAAGAAAAUCUCAAUGCCUGCUCACUUGAUGUACGAUGGGCGCAACGACAACCUCUUUGACAACUUCUCAUCCGUGGCUCAGAGGCUCGGUGUUUACACUGCCAAAGACUACGCAGACAUUCUUGAGUUUUUGGUUGGUAGGUGGAAAAUUGGGGAGUUAACCGGGCUCUCAGGUGAAGGAAACAAAGCACAAGACUAUCUAUGCGGGUUGUCUCCAAGAAUCAAGAGAUUGGAUGAGAGAGCUCAAGCAAGAGCCAAGAAAGGACCCAAGAUUCCUUUCAGCUGGAUACAUGACAGAGAAGUGCAGCUCUAAAAAGGACACAGACAAAAGAACCCUCUCUCCGCUCUCGGUUACUCAUUUCAUCAGUCUGCUUUUGAAAUUGGUGUAGAUUACUAUGGUUUCUGAUAAUGUUCGUCGGUCUACUAGUUUACAAAGUUGAGAAGCAGUGAUUUUAGUAUCUUUGUUUUUCCCAGUCACACUAUAUGUUUUGGGUCAUUGGUCCCUUCUUAGUACACUUUUGUAGUAGUUAAAAACAGUUGAAGUCUGGUCUGUACUCAGUUUUCUCUGUGGAGUUUUGUUUGCAGUUCAGGUUAGUUUUGUUUUUGUCUC